AUGGUCACCGGUCUCUGGUCUCAAGACGAGCAUGCCAAGUUCCUGGUCGCCAUUAAGCUCUAUCCUCAAGGCCCAUGGCGUCAAGUUGCAGCGUACGUGGGUACACGCUCCAUUCGCCAAGUGCAGACGCAUGCACAAAAAUACCAUGAAAAGGUAGUGCGACGCAUGCGUGGACUGCGUAAAGGUCGCCGGUCUUCGGGUCGUAAGGAGCAUCGCAUCGACGACGAUAUGUUAGCCGCAUGCAAGAUGGGUGAGGGCUUUGGUGUUGUUCGACCCAACCGCAUUGAAGCUUGGCAUUCACUGCAGCAACGCUCGGCCAUUCCAGAGUUUGGAUCGACAGACCUUAAGGACGCGCUCUUACUGGAUUCGACGCCUGGUUUAAUGAGCCCAGGUGGUGUAGACUCUAACGGUAUCAGUGACAACGUUCAGACCUCAGCUGCAUCAAACACUUCUUGCCAGCUUCCAUCGAUCGAUGAGUCACUUGAUUUCUUGAUUGAGCGUAUGUCUGAAGCAAAGUACGAGAGUGUUCAAAUUGAGCUUUAA